AUGAGCGAAGCGAGCGGAUCAGCAUCUCCAGCUUUGGAAGCGUCCUCGGCAGAACUCGGCCCUGGUGGAUCCAGGCCGAAGCGUGCGGUCCGACCAACGGUAAAAGCACUACUAGCCCGAGAGCAGUCGCCAGAAGGAUGGGAACACGGAGGUUCCCGCAGAUCGCAGCCCUCGCGGCCGGUCCGCACCUCGUCAGGAGGGCGUCCGCAGAUCAAGCUCAAGAUGAAGGCAUCUGGCGGUGGCACUGCAGCAGGGGCUGGUCAAGGCUUCAAAACGCAAGCCUACAUGCAGAGCUACGAUCGCGAGCUCGAUUCGGAAGACGACGAGACAGGCCAAGGACUUGCCUUUGAAGAGCAACUCAUCUUCCGCAUGCCCGAGGGUCCCGAGUGCGACAAGCUCAGGGAAAGCAUCCAGAAACGGCAGCUCGGCGACGAUGUCUGGUUCAAGUUCAAAGACUCGAGGAGAGCUGUAGUGCACGUAGGCGACUCGCUCUUCUCGGCAAAGCUGGUCGACUUGCCUACCAUCACCGAAGCACACAAGACGCUCGACAAUCGCCAAUUUUUCAAAGUGGCCGACAUUGCACAGAUGCUCGUCGUCGAGGGCAAGAUUACGGAUGAAUCCCAGGCCUCUUCCAGCGGCAACGGCAAGGCUUUCAACAUCGAUGACUUCGUCUACCCACACGGAAUCACACCUCCCAUGCACUGGGCAAGAAAACGACGUUUCCGUAGACGUGCCGCGCGUCGAGCCAUUGAGACGGUCGAGAAGGAAGUGGAAAGAUUGCUCAAGGCAGAUAAGAAAGCAGAGCAGGUCGAAUAUGAGAUGCUCGAUGCAGCAGAAGAGGGUGGAUCCGAUGACGAAGAAGAUGAUCAACGAGGUGGUGUAUCACGACGCGGUCCUUCGUCGCCUGGCGGCUCGCAGGCCGACACUCCCAUGGCCGACGGCUCUGACGCCGGUUCGCAAGAUGAAGAUAUGGACGAGGGCGAUGAGGAUGGAGAGGGCCUGGCACAUCGUCGUCGUGCCGAUAUGGACGAGAACGGUGGCGGACGCGGCUAUGACGACGGGGAUCCCGACGACGACGAUGUUGACGAGGACCUUGCAGCCGAGCUGGAUGCCGCGCUAGAAGAGGAGGAGGAAGACGACGAUGACGGUUCGACGCGAGGCGCUGGGAGCGAGGCGCAGAGCCACGCCAGCGAUCAGGAGGAUCUUUGGGACGACGAUGACGACGAUGACGCGGACGACGGGGGCGAGGAAGAGGAAGACGAAGAAGACGAGAAUGACGAAGAGAAGGAACAACGUGUUCGAGAGGCACAACUCGAAGCGGAAUGCCGUGAGCUCGAGACGCUCGUCCGCAGGAAGCAAGCCGACGUCGACGGUACCAUGAACCUCAUCAUCAAGAAUCGUCACCAGCAGGCACUCCGAAAACUCACGACUGAGCGUGAUCUCAAGCGCAAUCAGCUGUCUGACCUCAAACAGGCGCGAAGGGAGCGCAAGGAAGCUAUCCAAGCCGCAGCAGAAGCGGAAGCGGAAGCAGCCGAAAACGUCGCAGUGGCAGCCUCGUCCAGCACGGAACGUCCCUCCGACAUGACGCCUUUCCGAGAUGAUCACGCCGAGCGCUCAUCCGACCAUCCGCAGCAAGGUGGUGUUGUCUCUCCUGGUGUUGGCGUUGUCGGUGGCGACGAUCCGAACAACGCGGCACAGAAUCGAGGCAUGCCGCCUCCAGCUCUUCCAGCUAGCAGAAACGUGUCGCAGCCAUCGUCAUCCUCUGCAAGGCUUGAAGGCGGCCAGUCCAGCACACAAAACGAUCCCGGUGACAGCGAUCUUUGGGACGAUGACGACGAGGUCCAAAAUGGAGAUUGA